UUACCAGUCAGUUACCACUAUUUACUUACGUACAAAGACAAAACGGUGCUGUAUCGGAGUUGGAUAAUAUUAAUGUAACUUGGAUGGAUAACUCCCAAAUGGCGCGGUUAGUUGUGAGAGGCAGAGUGGGAGCAGAGGAGGACUCGGGCUGUGACUCUGAUUUCUCGCUCGCCAACUGAAUCCGUCUUUCUCUUCUCUUCUCCUCUCCUAUUUCCACCAAACCACAAACCCAUAUUCGAUUCCUUCUCUGCUCAUUCGCUUUCUCCGCAAUUAUCUUCUCUUCCUGUCUCUCAGUCUCAGAGGUACCAAUGAUGGAGCAUGAGGAUAACUAUACCAAGGAUGGAACAGUAGAUAUCCAUGGAAAGCCAGCUAAUAAGCUCGAAACUGGCAACUGGAAAGCUUGCCGCUUCAUUCUCGGGAACGAAUGUUGCGAGAGAUUGGCAUACUAUGGGAUGAGUACCAACCUGGUGAACUUCCUUCAAGAACGCCUCAACAUGGGUAACGUUGCUGCAUCAACCAGUGUCACCAACUGGUCAGGAACUUGCUACGUCACGCCCUUGAUUGGAGCUUUCUUGGCCGAUGCCUACUUGGGGAGAUUCUGGACGAUUGCUGGUUUUGUGAUCGUCUACAUCUGUGGAAUGUCACUCCUGACAAUGUCGUCGGCUGUUCCGGGACUGAGGCCAUCUUGCAGUGGAGAUUCAUGCCAUGCCACGUCUUCCCAAACUGCGGUGUGCUUCGUGGCGCUUUACCUGAUUGCUCUGGGGACUGGUGGGAUCAAGCCAUGCGUCUCGUCGUUCGGUGCGGAUCAGUUCGAUGAGAAUGACGAGUCCGAGAAGAAGAAGAAGAGUUCUUUCUUCAAUUGGUUCUACUUCUCUAUCAACAUCGGUGCCUUGGUUGCUUCCUCGGUGUUGGUGUGGAUACAGAUGAACGUCGGUUGGGACUGGGGGUUUGGGAUUCCGACAGUGGCGAUGGCCAUUGCUAUCGUCUUCUUCUUUGCGGGGAGCAAGAUGUACAGGGUUCAGAAACCUGGUGGAAGUCCCCUGACGAGGAUUUUCCAGGUCAUCGUCGCUUCCUUGAGGAAAUUGAACAUCCAAGUGCCUGCUGAUAAGUCUCUUCUUUACGAGGUUUCUGAUUCCGAAAGCUCAAUUCAAGGCAGCCGCAGGCUGGAACAUACCGACGAGUUCAAGUUCUUUGACAGGGCAGCUGUGGAAACGACAGACGAGGACUUGAAAGGCCUAUCGAAUCCAUGGAGACUCUGCACGGUGACACAAGUGGAAGAACUGAAGUCCAUCAUCAGGCUGCUACCCGUAUGGGCGAGCGGAAUCAUAUUCUCAGCGGUCUACAGCCAAAUGAGCACAAUGUUCGUUCUGCAGGGCAACACAAUGGACCAACACAUCGGCCCCAAAUUCAAGAUCCCAUCGGCAUCCCUUUCCCUCUUCGACACCCUCAGCGUCCUCUUCUGGGCUCCCAUCUACGACCGCCUGAUCGUUCCAGCAGCAAGGAACUUCACCGGCCACCAACAUGGGUUCACCCAGUUGCAGAGAAUGGGGAUCGGGCUCGUCAUAUCCACGCUCGCCAUGGUGGUGGCCGGGGCGCUGGAGGUCGUCCGGCUGCAGAUGGUGAGAGGCCAUAAUUACUACGACCUGGAGACCAUACCCAUGUCGAUUUUCUGGCAGGUGCCGCAGUACUUUCUUGUGGGGUGUGCGGAGGUUUUCACCUUCAUUGGGCAGAUGGAGUUCUUCUAUGAUCAGGCGCCGGAUGCGAUGAGGAGCUUGUGCUCGGCGCUGUCGCUGACGACGGUGGCGCUCGGGAAUUACUUGAGUACCUUGCUGGUGACGGUGGUGACGGAUGUGACGACCAAAGGCGGGAAGCUUGGGUGGAUUCCUGAUAAUCUCAACAGGGGUCACUUGGAUUACUUUUACUGGCUUUUGGCCAUUCUGAGUUUGGUCAACUUUUUUGUUUAUCUAUGGAUUGCUAAGUGGUAUACUUAUAAGAAUGCCACCGGGCGGGCACAUUGAAGAAGAAGAUGAAUGCUACCAGAAAGUUCUGUUGGUAAGGGUUGAUUUUGGUUAUGAACACAGUUGCCACCACAUAAUUGGUUAAGUUUUAGUGAAUGUUCUUUGCUAUUUCUUCCGUUUUUUUCUUUUGGUGGCAAGUUUUUUCCCCCCCUCUUUUUCUAGAAAGGUUUAAAACUGAUUGUACAGAUUAUUGUUCAACUUCGUAUUGGUAAUCUAGGUUUUGUCGCUG